AUGGUUAAGUCUACCUACGCCCUCACGCUCUUUGCUGCGUUGAGCAUCGCGGCGCCCAUGCCGCCUGCGAGCCAUGAUUAUACAGGCAUUGAGCCCAUGCGUCGCGAUGGUGGUGGAACCCUCCUCGGUAAUGGUGACGAUACUGCUCUGAACCAGCUGGUUGGCGAACUCGAAUCCAACGUGAAAGAGCAGGAUGCUGAUUUGACUGGACAAAAGAGCCCAAAGCAGAAGGCUGCAGUGGCCGCGGCCAGGGCUGCCAAGAAGGAGAAGCCCAGCGUUUUGGGGAGCCUCCCCCUCUUGGGAGGUCUGCUGGGUGGUGGAGUAGGUAUCCCGCUGGCGAAGCAGUCGCGAAGCAUCGAGGAGAACGAGAUCCACACUCGUUCGUUGACCGGCGAGCUCAGCCACAUCCCCAUCUUGGGUCAACUGUUCGGCGGAGCCCAGGACAAGAACCAGAACAGCAACAAGCCACUUGGAGAUGGCGAUGCCAUGCCUGGCAAGUCGGCUCGCUCAUAUGACCAUGGCGACCAUCACCACGGCCAGAAUGCCGGACAAAACGCUGGUCAGAACGAGGGUCAGAAUAAGGGCCAGAACUGGCUGCAAAACCACGGCCAGAAUGCUGGACAGAACGCCGGCCAGAACGCUCACCAGAAUGAGGGUCAGAACAAAGGCCAGAACUGGCUGCAAAACCACGGCCAGAAUGCUGGACAGAACGCUGGCCAGAAUGAGGGUCAGAAUAAGGGCCAGAACUGGCUGCAGAACCAUGGCCAGGACCAGCGCCGCUCCCUGACCAGUGGACUCAGCAGUCUACCUCUUAUUGGCAGCCUGUUUGGUGGUAAGAAGGACACCGGCAAGCGUGAUAUGCAGGCCAAAAAUGAGAUCCUCGGUCUUCUCUCCAUGCUCAAGGGCCUCACUUCUGGAAGUCCCAGUGAUCAGUCGGCGCACACCAAGUCCGGUAGUGUCUCCGAAUUGAUCGAUGCGAUGGAAAGAUCUACGAGCAUGGUUGCGGGUCUUGCCGGGUCUGCGGUGCCGUCGCGCCGUGAUCUCUUCGAUCUGCUGAAGACACCGCAGCAAUUGACGGAGGAGAAGCAGGCGAAGAACGCACAAAAGGGCGGGAAGGGCGAGAAGGCACAAAAGGGCGAGAAGGGACAGAAGGGACAAAAAGGACAGAAGGAUAACAAGGAUGAGAAGGCUGCAAAGGAUGCCAAGAAAGCAAGCGCCAGCCCCCUUAAGGAGCUUCUCAGCGAGAGCGGUCUUGGUAGUCUCGUUGGUAACUCGAACCACGGUGUUGGAUUCCUGCCGAUGAACGGUCGCCGUGAUGUCUCGAAUGUGGAGGCCCGUGGUGGUGAGCCCAUCCAGGGUUCUACUCUGCCGGAGGUUCUCCUCAAGGGCGGUGUUCUGAGCAAGGUGGCCAAGAUAUUCUCGCCACUGAGGGCCCCUGGAGGUGCUAGAGGUGCUUCUGAAGACGACUAA